AUGCUUUGCGCAAUCUCGGGAGAAGCUCCCCAGGAGCCGGUUGUUUCCAAGAUCUCAGGUUCUGUUUUUGAGAAGCGCCUGAUCGAGAAAUACAUCGAGGAGAACCAGAAGGAUCCCGUCACCGGCGAAGACCUCACCAUCGAAGACCUCCUCCCCAUCAAAUCCUCGCGCGUCGUUCGGCCCCGCCCACCUACCCUCACCUCCAUACCCGCCCUCCUGUCCACCUUUCAGAACGAAUGGGAUGCUCUGGCGCUGGAGUCGUAUAACCUGAAGGAGCAGUUGACGCGAACCCGGGAAGAGCUAGCCACCUCGCUGUACCAGCACGAUGCCGCCGUGCGCGUCAUCGCGAGGUUGACCAAAGAGCGGGACGAGGCCAGAGAUGCGCUGUCCAAGGUGACCGUCUCGGCCGGCGGCCCAAGUAAUGGCGACGCGAUGGCUGUGGACGCCGAGGGUCUUACCGAUGAGCUGGCGUCCAAGGUUGACGAGACACAAAACAAACUAUCCAAGAGCCGCAAGAAGCGGCCGGUUCCCCAAGGCUGGGCUACCCCUGACGACGUUGUCGCUUUCGGUGUCGCGUCCUCCAGCUCGCUGCCGGUUCCCGAGUCCACGACACUAACGGUUGAUGGAGACUACGCUGCUGUUGGUGGAUUACAGGGGGAUGUGGCCAUAUACUCGAUCGAAUCGGACAACGUGGAACGCUCCUUGAAGGUCAACGAACCGGUGACGGACUCGAUAUGGGAAGGGUCCAAGGUCAUCUUCUCGACGUCCAAGGGCUCCGUCAAAGUCUUCGAGGGUGGCAGCGAGGUGGCUUCUUUCUCGGAACACGCUGGACCGGCAACUGGACUCGCAAUGCACCCGAGCAAGGAGAUCUUGGCCUCUAUUGGCUCGGACAAGAGCUUCAUCUUCUACGAUUUGCUCAACCUGAAGCGGGCCACACGCGUCUAUACAAACGCUGCUCUGACGGCUUGCGCGUUCCAUCCCGACGGUCAUCUCUUUGCGGUCGGCACGAACUCAGGCGAGAUCAAGCUCUUCAUGAGCAAGACUGGCGAAGAGGCGACAGCCUUCACACUCGGAGCGCCGGUGCAGGCCAUUACAUUCUCGGAGAAUGGAUUCUGGUUCGCGGCAACGGCUAAGGGGCAGACGACGGUCACGAUCUUCGACCUGCGAAAAGAGGGCGACGCUGCACAAGUCAAGGUGCUGGAAGUCGGCAGUGCGGUGCAAAGUCUGGCAUGGGACUACUCACAGCAAUUCCUCGCGACGGCGGGACCGACGGGCGUGACUGUGCAGCAUUACAGCAAGGGCUCGAGGAAGUGGUCCGAGCCGUUUAGAGCAGCGGUCAGCUCGGUCGAUAUCAAGUGGGUGGCCAAUGCCAGCAAGCUCUUGGCGGUCAAUGGCGAUGGAGUGGUCACCGUCAUUGGGCCCAAUGAGGCGUGA